AUGUCAAAAACGAAAAGGAAAAAAAGCAACACAGAAAGAAAUCCUGUUAUUACUUUUUUUUCUUUCUCUUCCGUUUAUCUCCUUUCUAUUGAUUUCUUUGCCGUUUUCGUGUCUUGCGUUUAUCGGAUAUUAAGAUGCAAGAGAAAGAGAGAGAACGAAAAAUGCAAAUGGCGUGAUGAAAGAGGCAGGGGAGGUAACCCGGCGACAUACGAAGAAGACUUAAGUGUCUGUCUGUAUGUCUGUCUCUUUCUCUCUCAUUCUCUUUCUCUCUCUCUCAUUCUCUUUCUCUCUCUCUCUCAUUCUCUUUCUCUCUCUCAUUCUCUUUCUCUUUCUCUCUCAUUCACUUUCUCUCUCUCUCAUUCUCUUUCUCUCUCAUUCUCUUUCUCUCUCAUUCUCUUUCUCGCUCUCUCUCAUUUUCUUUCUCUUUCUCUCUCAUUCUCUUCCUCUCUCUCUCUCUCAUUCUCUUUCUCUAUCUCUCAUUCUCUUUCUCUCGCUCUUAUUCUCUUCCUCUCUCUCUCUAUCAUUCUCUUUCUCUAUCUCUCAUUCUCUUUCUCUCGCUCUUAUUCUCUUUCUCUCUCUCAUUCUCAUUCUCUUUUUUCUCUCUCAUUCUCUCUCUCUCUCUUUCUCUUUCUCUCUCAUUCUCUUUCUCUCUCAUUCUCCUUCUCUCUCUCUCAUUCUCCUUCUCUCUCUCUCAUUCUCCUUCUCUCUCUCAUUCUCUUUCUCUCUCAUUCUCUUUCUCUCUCUCUCUGUCUCAUUCUUUUUCUCUCUUCUCUCUCAUUCUCUUUCUCAGCCAUCCUAUAUGCAAGCUUUUUCUCUCCCUCGUAA